AUGGCGGUAAGCAGGUUGAGAGGUUUGGAGAAACGGUUGGCCAAAGAUCCCGAGCUGCGCAGAACAGUGAACGAGCAAAUCGAGAGCUAUGAACAGAAGCAGUACGUCUGUAAGGUGUCGUCGGAAGAGCUGGAGAACACGAAAAUGGUGUGGGAUGCUGCUGCUGCAAAGGCCGGUGGUGUUUCAUUUAACGACAAGCUGCUCAAGGGUCCGAAUCUUCUCGUAUCACUCGUGGAAGUUUUGCUACGAUUCAGGGAAGGCAAGAUUGCGGUGUGCUCCGAUAUCCGUGAAAUGUUCCUGAGAAUCCUGAUUAGGGAGGCAGACAAGUGGUCGCAGUGUUUCUUAUGGCGUAGCAGUCCAGAGGAUGAAGUGCAGGUCUACGUGAUCAACGUAGCGAUGUUCGGGGCAACCAGCUCUCCGUGCACGGUGCAAUUCGUAAAGAACAAAAACGCUCUCGACUACGCGGAACUAUAUCCCAGAGCAGUAAACGCGAUCAUCAACAACCACUACGUGGAUGACUUCCUCGACAGUGUCAACUCGGUGGAGGAAGCAGUACAGCUUGUCGAACAAGUGCAGCUCAUCCACGCAGCAGCAGGCUUCAAAUUCGGCAAAAUACUGUCUAACUCGCAGGAUGUGCUCGAGCGUCUAGGGGAGACUGGAUCGUCAGCUUGCAAGUCGCUGAACCUAGAUAGGGAUGAAGUCUACGAGCGCGUCUUAGGAGUGAUAGUCCACUUCAUUUUUGAGCAAGGUGAGGAACUCGCACUCGGUUCGCACUCGCUCAAUCACGAGAAUCUGUGGGGCGCCCUGAGACGCAAGCGAGUCCCAGAUAAAUUCGUCAACCUCAUCGAAGCGUAUCAGUAUCAGGCGUUCACGUGCAGAGUUCUGCAUAACGAAGCCUUGUCCGACCCUAUCCGGGUACUCGGUGGUGUGAGACAAGAAUGUAUACUAUCACCGCUACUGUUCCUCAUCGUAAUCGACGAGAUCAUGAUCCAGAACCCGUCCAUCCGUGAAGGUUUGCUUCUGGAUCUGCAAUAUGUGAUCUUGGGAACGCUGGGCAAUGAUCCCGUCGUGCUGUACGGUCACCUGGACGUUCAGCCAGCGAUUCGCGAAGACGGUUGGGACACGGAACCGUUCGUUCUGACCGAGAAAGAUGGAAAGCUGUACGGUUGGGGUGCCUGUGACGACAAGGGCCCAGUGUUGGGGUGGAUCCAUGUAAUCGAAGCGUACCAGGCGAUUGGAGAGCCUCUGCCGGUGAAUUUGAAGUUCGUUUUCGAAGGGAUGGAUGAAUCCGGCCGUAAGGGUUUGGAUGCUCUGUUGUUCAAGCGGCAGAAUGACUUCCUAUUCAAUGUGGACUUUGUUUGCAUUUCUAACAAUUAUUGGUUGGGAACGACCAAGCCGUGCAUCACCUAUGGUUUGAGAAGUAUCUGCUACUUUGACGUUGAGGUCGGAUGCGCUGGAAAGGAUCUGCACAGUGAAGUUUUCGGAGGUACGGUUUACGAGGCCAUGAACGAUUUGGUGUACUUGCUGGGAACGCUUGCCGAUAAGGAGGGAAAGAUUCUCAUUCCGAAUCUCUACAAGGAGGUUGCUCCACUGCACGGUGUUGAGGGUGUCUUUUACGAGCCUGGCCAGAAGACGGUCAUCCCGAAGAAGGUUAUUCCAAAAUGCUCGAUCCAUAUCGUUUCGGAUCAGACGCCGGAGCUGGUGGAGAAGUUUGCUUGUGAGCAGCGACCAUUACUGGUGAUUGUUGUUUGCCAUGGCUCUAACUCUCACUGCGUGACAAAACGAUCGGUCAGCGAUAGUCGGUUGAUGCGAAGACGAGUGUCACGUGAGUGUCAUGAUAUUUUGCAUCACUGCCUGACGAUCAAGUGGGCGGAACGUGGCUCUCCGAACAAGUGUGCCGUUCGAAUGACUCACAGUGGAAAUCCAUGGACCGAAGAUCCGAAUCAUCCGCAUUAUAACGCGGCCAGCGUGUCCACGAAGCAUGUCUAUAAGGUAGAACCGGAUAUGACCCGCGAAGGAGGAUCCAUUCCGGUGACACUGACUCUGCAGCAAACCACCGGCAAGAAUGUACUUCUGCUGCCGAUGGGUGCUUCGGACGAUGGGGCUCACUCGCAGAAUGAAAAGAUCGAUGUUCGCAACUACAUCGAGGGGACUAAACUGCUAGGAGCGUACUUGUACGAGGUGGCCAAAAUCAAGUGAGGUGACCUGCUCGAUUGUUAAAUGUGUGGUGGUUCACCGUUAACAGUUAUGUUCUAG